AAGAUGGCUGCGGAGGCACCGGUGGACUUCGUGGCCCUACAGAGCUUGCUGAAGGCUUCCUCAAAAGAUGUCGUCAGACAGCUCUGCCAAGAGAGCUUUUCCAGUUCAGCUCUUGGCUCAAAGAAACUGCUGGACAUCACUUGUUCCAGUUUGUCCGUGACCCAGGAGGAAGCAGAUCAACUGAUCUGUUCCCUGCACCGCCUCACCAGGCUGGUGGCCUACAGGGACCUGACUGCGGGGGAGGAGAUUCUUGCUCUGUUCCCUGAAAACUUCCACCAAAACCUCAAAAACCUGUUGACAAAAAUCAUCAUGGAGCAUGUGCCUGCAUGGAGAAAAGAGGCCCAAGCAAAUCAGAUCUCCUUGCCCCGACUGGUGGACUUAGACUGGAGGGUGGAUGUCAAGAUGGCCUCAGACAGCAUCACCCGAAUGGCAGUGCCCACCUGCCUGCUCCAGAUGAAGAUCCAGGAGGAUGCCAGCCUGUGUGGGGACAAGCCUGCUAUCUCAGCUGUCACCAUGGAGCUGAGCAAAGAAACGCUGGACACCAUGUUAGAUGGCUUGGGCCGGAUUCGGGACCAGCUUUCUGCUGUGGCCAAUAAGUGAUUCUCAUUCGCCUGGAAGAGGAUCAUCAGAGAAGUCCUGGGGCACCUGUGCUUGGCGGGGUCUCCCCAGGCUGGGUGCAAGCCAGAAGGAACCUGGACUGGUGAGGGGCAACUCUUCACUCACCAGGCCCAAAGCCGGUCCUUUCUCAUCAUUCUUUCUUUUUGUUUCCCUCUUUUCUCCUUCAGAUUGAUGACCAAAGGUCUCCCAUCUCCCAGAGGCUUCUGGUGCUUGUUCUGGUUACAGGGGCAGCAGUGAGGGGGGGAAAGGGGGCUCUGCCAGCUGCAUGCACUGCUGCCGGGGAGAUUAGGGACCGGACUGCUGAGCCAACUCAUGAGCUUCUGGAAUUCCGGAGGGCAUUGCCCUGGGGGAGUCCUUUUGGUGGAGAGACAGCUCCCACUCAGGCUCCUCCCGCUCCCUCCAGCGUCCAGGCCCCACAGGAAGCUUCCUGUGAUCUUGGACAAAGGCCGGAAGAGCGGGACCCUCGGGCCACCCUCCUGCCCAUGUAGGCUGUGCCGGGGGGAAGCUUCUCUGGCGGGGCCCAUCUGGUGCUGGAGGCGAGCUCCGGCCCCUGGUCUGUGCUCGGAUUGGGCAGGUGAGGCCAUGUUGUGAGGGCAGUUGGAAAUAAAUAUCAUCAUUAAAGCUCUCUGACUGGA